UAAAUCCAAAGCCCCUCGCUGUUAAAGCGCCCAUACUCCCUCGCCUUCCGUCUCGGCUCAGGCAAUCCCUCCCGCCGAUCUCAAAUCUCGGCCCAAUUUCCGGCCAGUGAGCUCUCACUCUCUCCCUCCUCCUCCUCCGGCGAGCUGCAUUCUCUCUGGGCUUCUGCACCGAGCAUUUCCCGGUCAGUUCUUGGAGGAGAAGCUCUUGAGCUCGCCACCUUCUCCGCCAUCUUUCCAGUUCCUCGCGGUCUCUCCCUUUCGAGACCCGUACUUCUCUUCCACGGUCCUGCUUCAAUCGGAAAUUCCUCCCCGUUGUAGUUUCUGCGUUAGUGUGUGCUCCAUUGAAGCUCUGAGCUGACCUUUCAGCCGUUGAUCGGCUCGGAUAUUCGGUCUCCGAGGUAUUUUCGACCUCCGUCGCAUCGAUUUUCGGCUUGUUGCUGCCGUUUGAGUCCAUGAAGAGCUCUCUCGAGAGCCGCUCUUCUUUGGUUUUGAUAUGUCUCUGCUUGUCGAUUUCCAUUCGUGUCGCCCUGUGCUCUGAUUAUGUCCCGGCAGAGAAAAUCCUGCUGAGCUGCGGGGCCGAUUCUCGCGCUACCGACACCGAUGGCCGGGAAUGGACAUCGGACGUCAACUCCAAGUUUGCUGCGUCGGGUCUGGACUCGAAAUCCGCCACCGCCGCGACGCAGGACCCCUCUGUCCCCCAAGUCCCGUUCAUGACGGCUCGUGUCUUCGGUUCGGAGUUCACCUACAGUUUCCCUGUCAGUCCAGGCCGGAAGUUCGUCCGGCUCUACUUUUAUCCCUCUUCCUAUAACAGCCUCAACGGGUCGGACGCUAUUUUCUCUGUCUUGGCUGGCGAUUACACACUUCUGAAGAACUUCAGCGUUUCUCAGACGGCCGGGGCCCUGAACUUCGCUUACGUAGUGAAGGAGUACUCGGUUAAUGUUGCCGGCAAAGCUCUGAAUAUCACUUUCAGCCCGUCAAAGAGCUAUUCGAAAGCAUACGCUUUCGUCAACGGGAUUGAGAUUGCGUCGAUGCCGGAUAUCUACAGCUCUACUGAUGGAACUACCAUGAUUGUUGGCGGGAGCGUUCCGUUCUACAUCGACAACACCACUACGCUCGAGAAUGUCUACCGGCUGAAUGUGGGCGGGAACGAUAUCUCGCCUUCCCAGGACACGGGCCUGUUCAGGUCAUGGAGGGACGACACCCCCUACAUCUACGGGGCAGCACUUGGGGUUCCCGAGUCACUUGAUCCUAAGGAUAAUAUCUCUUACCCGCUGAGCAUGCCCACUUACGUUGCGCCUGAGGAUGUCUAUUCCACUGCAAGAUCGAUGGGACCCGAUCCGAACAUCAACUUGCAUUACAACCUGACGUGGAUUUUGUCAAUCGACUCUGGGUUCUCUUACUUGGUCCGGCUACAUUUCUGCGAGGUCGCAGAGAACAUUACUAAGAUCAAUCAGAGGGUGUUCAGCAUCUUCAUCAACAAUCAAACUGCUGAACGUGAAGCUGAUGUGGUCGGAUGGGUCAAGGGCCAUGGAAUCCCAGUGUAUAAGGAUUAUGUUGUUUUCGUGCCAAAUGGAAGUCCUCAGCAGGAUUUGUGGCUUGAACUUCAUCCGUUCACAGAAACGAAGUCUGAGUAUUAUAAUGCGAUCUUGAACGGAGUAGAGAUCUUUAAGAUAAACGAUACAACUGGCAAUCUUGCAGGGCCAAAUCCUGUUCCAGCUCCGAAACAAACUCUAAUCGAUGAGUCUGCAGGAAGACCUCCUUCGGGCCAUGGGAAGUCUAAGAAUCAUAAGGCGAUUAUUGCAGGAUGUGUUAGCGCUGGAGUUAUUUUAGCUCUGGUCGUUGGGUUCUUCCUGGUUAGUGCAUCGCGGCGACAUAUCCAUUCGAAGCUAUCGACCUCAAGCGAUGGUCAUUCUGGGUGGCUCCCCCUCUCUCUUUAUGGGAACUCGCACACUGCAGGUUCUUCAAAGACAAAUGCCACCGGAAGUCAGGCGUCCUCCAUUCCUUCAAACCUAUGCCGCCACUUCUCCUUUGCCGAGAUCACAGCUGCCACCAAAAACUUUGACGAAUCUCUUCUCCUUGGCGUAGGAGGCUUUGGGAAAGUCUACUGGGGAGAGAUUGACGGCGGAACGACUAAGGUCGCAAUCAAGCGAGGCAACCCUCUCUCUGAACAAGGUGUCCACGAGUUCCAGACUGAGAUCGAGAUGCUUUCCAAACUCCGCCAUCGCCAUCUGGUCUCUCUGAUCGGAUACUGCGAGGAGAAUACUGAGAUGAUCCUCGUUUAUGACUACAUGGCCUAUGGAACUCUCCGCGAGCACCUGUACAAGACACAGAAGCCCCCGCUUCCGUGGAAGCAGAGGCUCGAGAUUUGCAUCGGAGCUGCCCGUGGCUUGCACUAUCUCCACACUGGCGCCAAAUACACUAUCAUCCAUCGGGAUGUGAAGACAACUAACAUCCUCUUGGAUGAGAAGUGGGUGGCAAAAGUUUCGGAUUUCGGUUUGUCCAAGACUGGUCCGAUGUUAGAUCAUACACAUGUGAGCACUGUCGUUAAGGGGAGCUUCGGAUACUUGGAUCCAGAGUACUUCAGGCGCCAGCAACUGACCGACAAAUCUGAUGUUUACUCUUUUGGGGUCGUUCUAUUCGAGAUAAUCUGUGCUCGGCCAGCAUUGAACCCAACACUGCCCAAGGAGCAAGUCAGCCUAGCAGAGUGGGCCGCUCAUUGCCACAGGAAGGGCAUGGUCGAUCAGAUCAUCGACCCUCACCUGAAGGGAAAGAUCGCUCCCGAGUGCUUCAAGAAGUUUGCCGAGACUGCAAUGAAGUGUGUGUCGGAUCAAGGCAUCGACAGGCCAUCGAUGGGUGACGUGCUGUGGAACCUCGAAUUCGCUCUGCAGCUACAGGAGAGUGCAGAAGCAGGCGGGAAAGCUCUCGGCGGACUGGGUAUCGAGGAUGGGUCCUUCGAUGUGGCUUGCAAAGGAAAGAAGGAUCCUGACUCAUGUCCCGGUUUCAACAGCAAUAUCACCGACUCAACAAUAAGCAUGAGCAUUGGUGGCCGGAGCAUUGCAAGUGAAGACUCCGAUGGGCUAACCCCGAGCGCUGUUUUCUCGCAGAUCAUGGAUCCUAAAGGGCGGUAGCUAUCAUCAGAAUUACCACCGUCCGAUCAUUCCAAUCAAAUCAUUAGAUAUGCCUCUUUUUUUUUUUUUUUUUUUUUUUUUCCUUUUCCGGGUUUAUCAUAUUCGAUUAAGCCAAGUUCUAAUCUGCAUUUUACGUUACAUGAUUAAGAAAGUGUGUAAACUAAUAAUUCUUUUUUAUUGUAAUUCCUUCUUUUAGCAACCUGAUGAUGAGAAGAACGUUUGUAUUCGAUCCUCUUAGCUUGUUUUC